AUGGGGAAAAUGAGAAUAUUUUUCGUUACUAUACUCUCAUUAGGGUUAUUAACAAUUACACGUCAAAUAUCUGCAGCAUCUAUAGAGUCUAAAAAUGUGAUAUUUCUCAAAGCUGGGCAGACGGGAGUGUCUGGAGCCAAUUAUUGGUUAUUAAAUGGAUCUAAUGAAGCCAUUCCAACCGUAUAUCCUACUCCCAUAAACUAUUGGGAGUCUUUAUUUACUAAAAAUAGUAAUGAUAACUCAUCUCGUUAUACUUUAGUUGACACAUGUGUUGAUAGAUAUUGUCAACUUGUCACGUUGGAAAUAAAUAAUGGAACCAUCAAGAAUUAUCAGGUCAAAACAAAGAAGUCCUAUAGAAAUAUGACUGGAAGCACUUUUAGUGGUGGUUAUAUAUAUCAUUAUGACCGAGAUGAUUACUCCCGACUUAAAGAUAAAAAAAUUGGUUUGAAUUGGCAAUACCUCACUCAGUACUGUAGUCAAGCUGUUGCAAAUCUGUGCGCAAUUGUAGAAACCGUGGUUUACAAGAUGCUAACUGCUUUCAAUCAACGCAGUGAUUAUUGCUCAAUUGAUCAUAUUCUUUUAAAUGCUUACAAGGAAUGGGUCGUUUUUGUAUCGCCAUUAGAAACAGACAGUAACUGCAAUGAAGAUAUUCCAGUACAAAAAAUAAAAUGUGCUGUCCGGACUGCGUUGGAGACUGAACGCAAUCAUGAAAAAACAGCCUUCUGUUUACAUAUUGAUCACGGUAGUACCUACAACAUGAAUAUCAGGCUGAUAGCCGAGGGUUCUUCGGGUAUGAUUGAUCCUUGGGGAUUACCUUGUGCCACGAUUGGUGAUGACUGGACUAAAACAGCUAACUGCUGGUAG